CAAAGUUCUAUUUUUUUUUUUUUUCUUUUUGUCUGAUUUCCGUCUCUUGCCCUCAAGGCCACAAAGAUGGGUGGCCAUGAAUCACACCACUGCCCUGGGGUUUCGCUUCCCUGGGACUUUCUGUUGGUGGUGAUGGAUACAGAUUUGCUCAGAGAAAAGGCACCAGAUGGAACUGUAAUUCUACCCUACUGCUCUUCUGUGUCAGUCACUGGCUCUGUGUCCCACCAGCUCUGUGAUCCAAGCCUCGGUUUUCCCAUCUGUUCAAGGGGCAUGACGGCCCCCAUCAUGCCUAGCUCAUAGAGUAGAAUAAUGAACGUUAAAGGGCUCUGGGAGCUAAUGCCUGAAUGCCAGAGAUCAACGGGGACUCGAAGGACAGCCAGACUGCUGCAAGGCUGCAGGGAAAGUGAGGCUGAGCUAGAUCCCACAGGGCUGGCCCGGCACUGCCUCGCCCUUCCCUGCGCUACCCGGAGGAAGAGGUGGGUACAGCUGGCAGGCUGGCAGUUGAGUUCAAUAUACCAUGUUUCACCAGCCAAUGGGCUGGGGCGAUCAGAAGCAGGUCACACAGCCUGUUUCCUGUUUUCAAACGGGGAACUUAGAAAAUGGCAGCCCCUCAUCUGGUCGCCGGAGCUGGGAACCAAGAGCUCAAAGGGGCCAUGUGACACUCCUCCCGGACCCCUGGACACACACAGCCCUGGAGACUGGAGCCUUGGAGCAUGGCAAGUCCAGAGCACCCUGGGAGCCCUGGCUGCACAGGACCCAUAACCCACUGCACGGCAAGGACCCAGCAGGAAGCACCAGCCACUGGCCCCGACCUCCUGCGCCCAGGACCUGACGGGCACUUAGACACACACAGUGGCCUGAGCUCCAACUCCAGCAUGACCACGCGGGAGCUUCAGCAGUACUGGCAGAACGAGAAAUGCCACUGGAAGCACGUCAAACUGCUCUUUGAGAUAGCUUCAGCUCGCAUCGAGGAGAGAAAAGUCUCUAAGUUUGUGGUGUACCAAAUCAUCGUCAUCCAGACUGGGAGCUUUGACAACAACAAGGCCGUCCUGGAAAGGCGCUAUUCCGACUUCGCGAAGCUCCAGAAAGCGCUGCUGAAGACGUUCAGGGAGGAGAUCGAAGACGUGGAGUUCCCCAGGAAGCACCUGACAGGGAACUUCGCGGAGGAGAUGAUCUGUGAGCGUCGGCGCGCCCUGCAAGAGUACCUGGGCCUGCUCUACGCCAUCCGCUGCGUGCGCCGCUCCCGGGAGUUCCUGGACUUCCUCACGCGGCCGGAACUGCGCGAGGCGUUCGGCUGCCUGCGGGCCGGCCAGUACCCGCGCGCUCUGGAGCUGCUGCUGCGCGUGCUGCCGCUGCAGGAGAAGCUCACUGCCCACUGCCCUGCGGCCGCCGUCCCGGCUCUGUGCGCCGUGCUGCUGUGCCACCGCGACCUCGACCGCCCCGCCGAGGCCUUCGCGGCCGGAGAGAGGGCCCUCCAGCGCCUGCAGGCCCGGGAGGGCCAUCGCUACUAUGCGCCUCUGCUGGACGCCAUGGUCCGCCUGGCCUACGCGCUGGGCAAGGACUUCGUAUCUCUUCAGGAGAAGCUGGAGGCGAGCCAGCUCCGGAGGCCCACGCCCCGCGGCAUCACCCUGAAGGAGCUCACCGUGCGAGAAUACCUGCACUGAGCCGGCCUGGGACCCCACAGGGACGCUGGAGAUUUGGGGUCACCAUGGCUCACAGUGAGCUGUUUGGGGUUCUUCUUCUGUCUUUCUUUUUUCUUUUCUUUUUUGUUAUUUGAGACAGUCUUGCUCUGUCACCCAGGCUGAAGUGCAGUGGCUCAAUUAUGGCUCACUGCAGCCUCAAACUCCUGGGCACAAGCAAUCCUCCCACCUCAGCCUCCCAAGUAGCUGGGAUUACAGGUGCACACCACCACACCAGGCUAAUUUUUAAUUUUUUUGUAGAGGGUCUCUCUGUUGCCCAGGCUGAUCUCAAACUUCUGACCUUAAAUGAUCUUCCUGCCUCAGCUUCCCAAAACACUGGGGUUACAAGUGUGAGCCACCGCCCCUGGCCUGGAGUUCAUUUUUAAUGGAAAAAGCCACUGGGGGCUCUACCUCGCUGGGUGACUUUGGACAAGCCCCUCCUGUGGUCCUCAGUUUCCCCAUCUGUAUCGGACAGAGGUGCUCCUCGGACCCCUUGGAAGUCUCGGGUUGUGUCCCACGUCCCCUUGAUGCCAGGGCCACUUCAUCUCCAAAACACAAAACAAACUGCCAAAACCGUCCAGAGCAGUGUCCACCCCACCAGUGUCUUCGUGGGAAGCUGGAGGAGAAGUUUACCUCGCACAUUCUAGACGAAACUUAGUCCAUUUCCUUGAAGACAGUUCUCUCCAGCUGCUCCAAGGCUUUUCUCUCUGUUCCUUCCACCUUGGAAUUGCUUUAAAAUAUUUCCAUCCAUUAUCCUAAUACUAUCUUAGUAUUCUAGCCCUUCCCCCUUACCACGUAGACCUGAAGAAGCAAAACAAAAGCUCACCUAUUGCCCUCAAGAACAGCCUCUACACACACACACACACACACACACACACACACACAGUGGGAGUUGUAUGCCAUCCUUUUGAAGGGUGGGAGGACCCUGGGCCAGAAAGCAAUAAUGGCAUAAGAUUCUGUGAUACAAGGCAUUUUUGGCAAGGGAAGUUGCCAACAAUUUUUCUGGCUGGAAUGGCAUAGCACAUUGUCUAGGGGUGGAUUUUCAUUCAUAAGGCAGCUGUUCCCUGAAUGGCUUCCCUGGGUUAUGUAGAAACAGCCCUGGGAGGAGGUGAUAACAACAUACUUAAUGGGGCCUCUGGGUAGAAAACAGACUGAAUCCUCAACACUGCCCCUUUUGAGGAUCUGUGAUCCUGGAACCUCUCUGAUGGACUGGGAUGCCCUUGACUGAGGUCUGCUGUCUGGAAAGGACACCACAGGCCCAGAAUGAAGGGGAAUCUGGACCAAUGAUCUAGAUUCAACACAGGGCUUGGAGCUGGUGGUACAGGCUGGUUUUGGCCCAAUGUGUGUUGGAGGCUGGAAGCCCCUGAAGACCUAAACUGCCUGGAUGAGCUUAUUAGGGUGAAUUAAUGAGUCUGUAAUUUGGGAACCUUAAUGUGAGGCACCACUUAAGGAGAGGAACUUGGCCCAGCAAGUGAUCACUCGAAGUGGACAACCAUGCACUAGACUGCAUCAGAAUCUGUUCAACAGCGACACCUUGUGGUAACAACUGUAGACGCCCCAUCAGGCUGGAUGGGAAACUAAAACAGACUGUCUCGUCUUUGGGCAGAUAUCCCUCAAAUCUCCCAAUCUACUCCAGGGAAAAGACACUUCAAGUGAGAGAUAUUGGACUUCUUGAAAAUCUAGGCCUAUGGAACAUUAAAGUGUUAAAUGGAAAAAUUAAAGAGCUAUGAGUCUAUUUGUAAUGAUGAAA